CACUGAGCUCAAGUCAACACGCAGUGACGGUGUUGCCCUGUGAAGAUUUCCCGGACGGUUUUAGGAGAUAAAAGUUAUGGAUGUGUCUACCUCUACUUAUUUUUCUUGAGAUUAUUUGCAAAAAAGGGUAUUUCAAUACAGUAAUUGACCGUCCUUGUAACCUGGUGUUGUAGAGCUUGCUUUCUCGAAAUAGUUUUUUUUUUCACAUUAGAAUGGGGUACAAGAUGGAGCUUGGAUACAGUUUGUUUGUUGUGUUCACGUGCUCUCUUAUGGCCCGGGGUCGAACAGAGAUGGGAAUUAACAUCACAGUCGUAGUGAUGCUUCCCGAUAAUUACAUCAAGUAUGCCUUUGCAUUGCCGAGGGUUUUCCCGGCAAUUCGCAUGGCCCACGAGGAUAUUCUGAAGAAGGACAGACUUUUGAAGGGCUACUCUAUAAAGCUCCUCAAUAUGAGCACAGAGGAUCAGGGCACCGGUUGUUCCGAAACUCUAGCUCAAAUAAUCGCUGUGGAUACUAAACUGUACGACAAACCCGAUGCGUUUUUUGGACCUGGGUGUGUAUACUCGGUCGCCUCGGUGGGGAGAUUCGCGAACCAUUGGAAACUUCCAUUGAUAACUGCAUGGGCACCAGCAUAUGGAUUUGAUAUAAAGGACGAAUACAGAACCAUUGUACGGACGGGACCCUCUACAACAAAACUUGGAGAGUUUGCCUCUUCCCUUCAUUCGCAUUUCAAUUGGACUAAUCGGGCGCUUAUGAUCUUCCAUGACAUAAAAAGGGAUGAUCGACCGUACUACUUCCUCUCCGAAGGCAUAUACAUUAUUCUGCGUCAAGAGAAUAUGACAGUCGAAGCUUUCCCGUAUGAAGGACCCCAGUUCUCCGAUUAUAAAGAAAUUAUAUCCACAAUAAAAUCCAACGGAAGAAUUGUGUAUAUCUCUGGACCUCUGGACACCUUCCUGAGUAUCAUGAAGCUUUUCCAAAGUGAGGGGUUACCUCCAGAGGACUAUGCCAUCUUUUAUUUGGAUAUGUUUGCUGAGAGUCUUCGAAACAACGCUUACAAACUCUGGCAGAGCUCGGAAAUCCAUUGGACUGAUCCUAUCAAGCUUUUCAAGUCUGUGUUUGUGAUAACAUACAGAGAACCAGAUAAUCCAGAAUACUCAGUGUUUCAAAGGGAGCUCCACACCAGAGCUAAGAGAGACUUUUCUGUCGAGCUGGAACCCUCGCUAGAGGACUUCAUAGCUGGCUGUUUCUAUGAUGGCUUCAUGUUGUAUGCACAGGCCCUGAAUGAAACCCUGGCUGAGGGAGGUUCACAGAAUGAUGGAAUAAGCAUCACACAGAAAAUGCAGAACAGGAGAUUCUGGGGUGUUACAGGCCUUGUAAGCACAGACAAAAACAAUGACAGGAACACUGAUUUCAACCUGUGGGCCAUGACAAACCAUAAAACCGGGCAAUAUGGGAUUGUGGCUCAUUAUAAUGGAACAAAUAAAGAGAUCAUCUGGUCAACGACUGAGAAAAUCCAGUGGCCAAAAGGAAGCCCCCCUUUGGAUAACCCACCUUGCGUAUUCUCUACAGAUGACCCCUCAUGCAAUGAAGCUCAAUUACCUGUUCUUGGGAUUGUGGCUGUAGGAUCUGGGCUUGCCCUCAUCAUUUUCGGAAUAUCAAGUUUUCUCAUUUACAGGAAACUUAAGCUGGAGAAGGAACUGGCAGGCAUGUUGUGGAGAAUAAGGUGGGAAGACUUGCAGUUUGAAAGUCCCAACAAGUAUCAUAAGCGAGCAGGAAGCCGACUCACCCUUUCACAGAGAGGCUCAAGCUAUGGCUCCCUGAUAACAGCACAUGGAAAAUACCAGCUAUUUGCAAAAACAGGCUAUUGUAAGGGCAAUUUGGUGGCAAUCAAGCAUGUGAACAAGAAGAGGAUUGAGCUGACAAGACAAGUGCUAUUUGAGCUGAAGCAUAUGAGAGAUGUUCAGUUCAACCACUUAACCAGGUUUAUCGGUGCCUGCAUUGACCCACCAAACAUUUGCAUCGUGACAGAGUACUGCCCAAGAGGGAGUCUACAGGACAUACUUGAGAAUGAAAGCAUCAACUUGGACUGGAUGUUCCGGUAUUCACUCAUCAAUGAUAUAGUAAAGGGAAUGAAUUUUCUGCACAACAGCUACAUUGGCUCUCACGGCAAUUUGAAAUCUUCCAACUGUGUGGUAGAUAGCCGAUUCGUAUUGAAAAUUACGGAUUAUGGACUGGCAAGUUUCCGCUCGUCAUGUGAAAACGAGGACUCUCAUGCUCUCUAUGCAAAAAAACUGUGGACCGCUCCAGAACUGUUGAUAUACGACAGGCAUCCCCCACAGGGCACGCAGAAAGGGGAUGUGUACAGUUUUGGCAUCAUACUCCAGGAGAUAGCCCUGAGGAAUGGGCCCUUUUAUGUAGAAGGCAUGGACCUGAGCCCUAAAGAGAUCGUGCAGAAGGUUAGGAACGGACAGAGGCCCUACUUCCGCCCUACUACUGACAGCAGCUGUCACUCUGAGGAACUGGCUGUCCUCAUGGAAAGCUGCUGGGCUGAGGACCCGGCGGAGCGCCCGGACUUCAGCCACAUCAAGAUCUUCAUCAUGAAGCUCAACAAAGAAGGGAGCACCAGCAUUCUCAAUAACCUGCUCUCCAGGAUGGAACAGUACGCCAAUAACCUGGAGAACUUGGUAGAGGAAAGAACACAGGCCUACCUGGAGGAGAAGAGGAAAGCAGAAAAUCUACUUUACCAAAUCCUGCCCCACUCAGUGGCAGAGCAGCUGAAACGGGGAGAAACUGUGCAGGCAGAGGCAUUUGACAGCGUAACCAUCUAUUUCAGCGACAUUGUGGGCUUCACAUCGCUGUCAGCAGAAAGCACACCGCUGCAGGUUGUGACAUUGCUGAAUGAUCUGUACACCUGCUUUGAUGCCAUCAUUGAUAAUUUUGAUGUUUACAAGGUGGAAACGAUUGGCGAUGCGUACAUGGUCGUGUCAGGUCUCCCUGUUCGCAACGGGAAGCUACAUGCACGAGAGAUUGCUGGGAUGUCAUUAGCCUUACUGGAACAGGUGAAAACAUUCAAGAUUCGGCACAGACCCAAUGACCAGCUACGAUUACGGAUAGGAAUUCACACAGGGCCUGUCUGUGCUGGUGUUGUUGGUUUGAAAAUGCCAAGAUACUGCUUAUUCGGAGAUACCGUCAACACAGCAUCUCGGAUGGAGUCGAAUGGAGAAGCCUUGAAGAUACAUGUUUCAUCAGCCACAAAAGAAGUGCUGGAUGAGUUUGGUUAUUUUGAUCUCCAACUACGAGGAGAUGUAGAAAUGAAGGGCAAAGGCAAAAUGCGGACAUAUUGGCUUCUGGGCGAAAAGACAGAUGUCUAUGUAAUCUGAGCAUCCCGGUGAUGAUAUGUGCCCAUGGUUGAAGAAACCACCGAGGCCACAGCGGCACAAUUCAUUGUUUUAUUUGUUCUAAAAUAAGUCCUGAAGGUGUUCCCUUCUCACCAGAACAACGAGAUAUUUCCUAAAUGAUACCUUCGAAGAAAGAGAGGUCAUUUCAGGUAUGUUUUAUACCUGCUGAACUGCAAAAAUGUAAAGAAGUUUUUAUGAAGAACUUUCUGUCUUGGAAGUGACUUUUCAAUGAUAAAUUCUUAUUUUUUGUGCUUUCUAUAUUAAGAUUUGUAUAAUGUGUUUGGAAUCAAUGAUGUAUGAAUAAUAUUUCCAAUGCAGCGUAUGUAAAGGAAGGAGGCACAAUGUAAUGAAAGUUAUCUGUGGGACCCGUGAUUGGGGCUCAUUGCAGGUACCGAGGUCAAUGUGAAGUCCCAUGC